AUGCUCCGGAGAAACAGUGGAUGCCCAGUAACGCUAAAUGGGCUACAAAGCGGAUGCCAGUUGAUUUUACGUCGAAUUUCAACGAAUGGACUAAACGUUGGCUUUGAGCCUGCGGACUCGUUCACUUUAGAUGAUCUAAAUGAAAAUGUGUUAAAAGCGAAGUAUGCAGUUCGUGGUAAAAUUCCAAUGCGGGCAGAAGAACUACAAGAGCAGCUAGAAGAAAAACCAGGGAGCUUACCGUUCAAGAAAAUUAUAGGUGCAAACAUUGGAAAUCCUCAGCAGCUUGAUCAAAAGCCUUUGACAUUUUUCAGACAGGUCCUUUCGUUACUUCAAAAUCCAGACCUUCUAGGUGUGCCACCAAAAGAACUUUCGAAGUAUUUCAAGCCUGAUGCCAUUAAAAGAGCCCGUGUCAUGCUUAAGGAGGCUGGAAAUAGCGUAGGUGCUUAUUCUGCUUCGAAAGGUGUGCUGGGAUUUAGACAACGAGUGGCCGAGUUCAUUACCGCUAGGGAUGGUGCUAAAAAUGCGGAUCCUGAAAAUGUAUUUUUAACGGCUGGUGCUUCAGCAGCAGCAUCUCGUAUUUUAUCUGUAUUCAGUAAGGGACCCAAGACUGGCACAUUAAUACCUAUUCCUCAGUAUCCGCUUUACACUGCAACUUUAAGCCUGAAUAAUGCCCGAGCUAUACCUUACUAUCUAAAAGAGGAACAAGGAUGGUCAACAGAUCCUAAAGAAAUUGAACGUAUUGUUUUGGAAUCAAUUCGUAGCGAUAUUAAGCCAACCUGUAUGGUUAUAAUUAACCCAGGAAAUCCCACUGGGGCCAUUUUAUCGGUAGAAGCAUUGGAAGAAAUCUUCGUUAUUGCAGCUAGAUAUGGAAUCGUUGUUAUCGCCGAUGAGGUUUACCAAGAAAACGUCUUUGAAGGAGCACAAUUCCACUCCUCCAGAAAAGUUCUCCUUUCAUUGCAAAAGCGGUAUCCAGGUGUCUUCGACAAUGUUCAAUUAGCAUCUCUAAAUUCUACCUCAAAAGGCUUAUUGGGUGAAUGUGGGCAGAGGGGUGGUUAUAUGGAACUCAUUGGGUUCCGGGAUGAAAUUUUACAAGUAUUUGUGAAAUUAGCUUCCAUAUCGUUAUGUCCAGUCGUAACUGGUCAAGCCCUAGUCGGCCUGAUGUCCUCACCUCCAAAUCCAGGUGACGAGUCUUAUCAACAGCAUGAACAGCAACGCGCAGCCAUUCAUAAACAAUUAGAAGAGCGUGCUGAUCUCUUAUGGAGAACCUUUAAUGAGCUUGAAGGUUUGGAAUGUCAAAAACCACAAGGUGCAAUGUAUUUAUUUCCCAAAUUGAUUCUGCCUUCAAAAGCGAUUGAUGUUGCAUUAAAACAGAAUAUGGAGCCUGAUGAGUUCUAUUGUAAGAGACUACUUGAGCGCACAGGGAUCUGUACUGUUCCGGGCUCGGGUUUUGGCCAAGCUGCUGGUACAUACCAUCUGCGUACUACAUUCUUGGCUCCUGGCACUGAAUGGAUAGAAAGUUGGAGGCAAUUCCACAAGGAAUUCUAUGAUGAAUACCGCGAUUAG